GACAACUUCUCAUGAACAAGUAGAGGAACAAUAGCAAUCAACAUUACUAAGCCAUACGAGAAACCAUGAACCACGAAGACGAGAUCAAGAACAAUAGCGAGGUAACGAUCAAGGCCGAUACCACAGACAAGGUCGAGAUGAAGACCAAGAACAAGAACGACCUCAAAGAACAAGAACAAGAAGUCAAAAUAGACAACAUAGGCGACCAGGACAAGAACAAGAAUGGUCUUGACGAAAAGUGGCCAGAACCAAUCGUUCGAGUUCAGUCCCUAGCCGAGAGCAACCUCACCACCUUCCCCGACAGUUACAUCAAGCCUCCGUCUCAACGCCCUCAAACCACCACCGUCAACUACCAGCCGGAACCUGACGCCAUAAAUAUCCCAGUUGUAGACCUAGACAGCCUCUUCUCCGGCAACGAAGACGACAAAGAGAGGGUAUCCGAAGCAUGCCGUGAGUUUGGGUUCUUCCAGGUGAUUAACCAUGGGGUGAAGCCGGAGCUGAUGGACGCGGCGAGAGAAGCUUGGAGAAUGUUUUUCAAUUUGCCUAUCGAAGCCAAAGAAGUGUACUCAAACUCCCCAAAGACCUAUGAAGGUUACGGAAGCAGAUUGGGUGUGGAAAAAGGAGCCAUUCUUGAUUGGAAUGAUUAUUACUUUCUCCAUUUUCUUCCUCUUUUCUUGAAAGAUCUCAAUAAAUGGCCUUCUCUACCUUCCAACAUUAGGGAACUCAUGGAUGAGUACGGUGAGGAACUAGUGAAGCUAGGCGAGAGACUUAUGAAGGUAUUAUCGUCAAACUUGGGACUAAAAGAAGAACAACUUCAAGAAGCAUUUGGCGGAGAAGACGUAGGCGCAUGCAUGAGGGUUAAUUAUUACCCGAAAUGCCCUCGACCAGAGCUUGCCCUCGGCCUCUCCCCUCACUCCGAUCCCGGCGGUAUUACCAUCCUCUUGCCGGAUGAUCAAGUCGUCGGCCUUCAAGUCCGUCACGGCGACACGUGGAUCACCGUCAAUCCUCUUCCCCACGCUUUUAUCAUAAUAAGCAAUUCCAUAUACAAGAGUUCGGAACAUCGGGUGAUAGUAAACUCGCAGAAAGAAAGGGUUUCACUUGCAUUCUUCUAUAACCCUAAGAGUGACAUUCCUAUCCAACCAAUGCAGCAACUUGUAUCCUCUAGUAAUCCUCCUUUAUAUCCUCCCAUGACCUUUGAUCAAUAUAGACUCUUCAUAAGAACGCAAGGUCCACGUGGCAAAUCCUACGUUGAGUCUCAUGUAUCCCCUCGCUAUACUUCAGAAAAUGUCCCGUUUAGCUGAUGUGGAUAUCGAAGUCACAAAAGAUCAAAGAGAUACGGAGAGAUUCGAAAGAUCGACGUAAAAUAUUAAAGAACCAAUAAAAAUACCGAUCAAGGAUAUAAUCAUCGUUUAUCGUUAUGCAAUUUAGAUAUUUU